ACUGCGUCUGUGUGUCCUUGCUCUCUCGCACUAUAAAUCCGCCAGCAUCUCCUUCGCUCUCAGCUCGAGUAAAGUCAAGGCUGCUUUUCACUGUGGUGUAAUCUGCAGUCAGCUCAGCGCUGCUCACAGGAUGAACAACGGAUGAUGCUUGAGGUUUUUCUUCCCUUUGUAAUACAAAGCGUUUUGGUUGGCAUACUUUAGUUAAGGAUGCAGGGCAAAUCUUAACUCCCACACAAGUCCGUGUCUUUUUUUUUGAGUGAAGUGAUUCAAUGGAAGGGCAAAGGCACAGGGGGAAAAAUACUUUAACCUCAACAACGGAGGAACAAAGAGGACUGGGAACAAACUGGAGAAGAAGCUGCAAGUCAAUGGAGUCUUUACCUCUGGGUAUUUGAUGAGCGGGCUCGUAGAUGAUGUUUGUUUUGCUUCAACGCUCUGAGGGUCGAUACGAUAGCAGCAGAGAUGCUAUUUCCAUCCAACUUGAUCUGAAAACCAAAACUCUCUCUCUUCUCUUGUUCGCAUUCUGUCCUGUGGUGUGCUCUUCAUGAAGACUUUUUUUUCUUGGUUACUAUGUCCCUGCACUGUGCUGUGCUGAAAUGAACAUCUCUUUGCCAUCUUGUCUUUCCCUCUUGUCACUCUCUUUCAUUCCUCCACCUCUUCAUCUACCUUGAAAACCUUUUUCCACAGACACUCACUUCUUCAUCUUCUAUCCUUGUUAAGUUCUCCUUAUCUUGCACUUCUAUGACUUUUGCCUUUUUUCUCUCAACUUUCUCCCCAUUUUCAGCUAUCUAUGUUUGGGUCCUACCUACAUCAUUUAUCUAAACUCCUUACCCUAUCUCUAAAUUGUCAUAGCUUCCUUUACUCUUCCAACAGCCAGCCCCUCUCAGUACCUUUUCCUCUUUAACGCCCUCAUAAUCAUCCUUACCCGUCCUGUCACCAUGUAUGCCUCCGAGGAGUUCUGGAACACUACCGAGCCGGUUUGGAUCAACGGCUCCGAAGCAAACUUUUCUCUGGGAAGACACAGGGAUGAUGAGGAAGAGGAGGGAGAUCAGCACCCUUUCCUCACAGAUGCCUGGCUCGUCCCUCUCUUCUUCGCGCUCAUCAUGCUGGUGGGACUGGUGGGAAACUCGCUGGUUAUUUAUGUGAUUUCCAAACACAGGCAGAUGAGGACAGCGACUAACUUCUACAUAGAAUCAUCAGUCCUCAUCCAUCAUUCAUCUGGUCCUAGCAAAUCAUCAGCCACUUCCACCAGUGUCUGGACUUUGUGGGGAAUUCCUGAUCAGACAUCCUGCGAACACAAAAUCUCCCCACCUCCUCCACACGCCAUAGAUCUUCUGUCAACAAACCUCGCUGCCACUGACAUCAUCUUCUUGGUGUGCUGUGUCCCCUUCACUGCCACCCUCUAUCCUCUCCCUGGAUGGAUCUUUGGCAACUUCAUGUGCAAAUUUGUUGCAUUUCUACAGCAGGUAACAGUCCAAGCCACCUGUAUCACUCUGACAGCUAUGAGUGGAGACCGCUGUUACGUCACAGUCUACCCUCUGAAAUCUCUCCGCCACCGCACCCCAAGGGUAGCCAUGAUCGUCAGCGUCUGCAUUUGGAUUGGCUCCUUUAUCCUGUCUACACCCAUUUUAAUGUACCAGCGGAUAGAGGAGGGUUACUGGUACGGUCCAAGGCAGUACUGUAUGGAGAGGUUUCCCUCUAAGGCACACGAGAGAGCUUUCAUCCUCUACCAGUUUAUAGCUGCCUACCUACUACCGGUCCUCACAAUCUCCUUCUGCUACACUCUGAUGGUGAAGAGGGUCGGCCAGCCGACUGUGGAGCCUGUAGACAACAAUUAUCAGGUCAACCUCCUGUCUGAGAGAACUAUAAGUAUUAGGAGCAAAGUGUCCAAGAUGGUGGUUGUAAUUGUCCUCCUAUUCGCCAUCUGUUGGGGUCCAAUUCAAAUCUUUGUGCUAUUCCAGUCAUUCUAUCCAAACUAUCGGCCCAACUACGCCACAUACAAGAUCAAGACGUGGGCCAACUGCAUGUCCUAUGCCAACUCUUCAGUCAACCCCAUAGUUUAUGGUUUUAUGGGAGCCACCUUCCAGAAGUCUUUCAGGAAAACAUUUCCCUUUCUGUUCAAACACAAAGUCAGAGAUAGCAGCAUGGCUUCAAGGACUGCCAACGCUGAGAUCAAGUUUGUUGCUGCGGAGGAAGGCAACAAUAACAACAAUGCACUGAACUGAGUACGACGAUGAAAUGUUUCAAAUCUCUUCAAGGGAAGAAUCAAAAUAACAUAUUUUUCAGCAAUGGGCUUAUGGUGUGGAGUCUUAAAAGAACUGGCUGAUAUCUCAUGAGAGGACAGACUUUGUGUUUGGCAGACAUUUUUUACUUACAUUAAUGAAUACUAAUUAAAAAAUCAAUGUGUAGAAAAAAAGAGGGUCAUUAUACAGAUGGACACUAACAGUGCUUGGCUCGUCAUGUUAUCUGUUUCAAUGCCAUAGCCAGGCAGUGUUGGCACACAACCUCAUCCAUUGAGCUGCCAGACACCAUGGCCAAAUAACAAAGGACAGCUGAAUACAUCUGAUGACAAAAAAAGGAACAUUUUACCUGAAAGCUGCAGGCGAGAGUCCUCAGUCCUGUGAGAUUAUGGUUGACACAGUCUGCUUUGCUAUAACCAAUGUAUCGCUUGGACUGCUAACAAUACUACAUAUUCACAAACACAAGAGUGUUGUGUUUUCGAAAUGACUUAAGGCUGCUGUUCUGGGAAACAGCAAGCACUUCUCAGCUUUUUAAGUAAGAGUUUGACAUUUUAGGAAAUAUAUAUUUUUUCUCUCUUGCAGAAAAAUGUAACAUUUCUCAAUAUGUUCUUUUUAAAAUUUUAGCAAAAGUCAUACUGUAUUUAAGACCAUGUGUCUCUUGUCUGAAGCUAGAGCUAGUAGUGGUUAAAGGUCUUAAACUCAUACAAAUUGGUUCCACAAGAUGAUCCAUGUUCCUCAUUAUAGGCAGCUGGCUGCACUUCUGAUAUAUUCUUUUAUGUUACUUUACAUAUAGUUCAACAACAGCCACAGUAAUUAUGAUUUCUUUCUCUGACUUUAAUCUCAAUGACGUACAAGUGUGUUCUCAUAAAUGUACGACUUCUAUGUGGUUCAUAUUACAAGUUUAUUGUUAUAAAAGUAAAACUUUUUCUCUUAUGACUUUAUCCUCAUUAUAAUACAACUUGAUUCACAACACAUUACAAGUGUAGUCUCAAAAUCCCUCAUUGUUCAUCCUUAAUUGGCCCCAAUCCUCUGUGCCAUAAGUGGGCCCAAGCUAAGGGAAGCUAAUCACGUCUGAGGCCAUUUCAUAAAUGGACUCCCUAAGAAGAUCCCAACUUGUAAAUAGCGUUCAUUUGACAUUGUAAGACAUCAUGAAGGUGGGAAACACAAGGUUCUUUUAUCUCUUGCCUAAUGAUAUAGAUAUAUGUAACCCUAAACAUGUAGAUGUUUCAUGUCAGCAAAAGUACAUUGUUCAUGUAACUUCAAUUAGAUUGAAUGGAUGUUGUGUUAUAUUGUUUGGUCAGUGUUCAUUUUUAAUCCUCUUAUGUUUUAAUCCAUGACACUCAAGCCAAUGAGUAAAUACCUAAUCCUGGUUUGCACUAAUAAACGAUACAGAGCGAC